UAUGAUACAGUAGACACUGGGCUACAGUCAACAAUCCUGAAUAUGGGUCUCGGGCGGCGCCAGUUGACCGCUACAUCUCAAAGCUGAGCGCUGCUCAUUUUUGGCAAGCUUAAGGCGGUGAAGUGAAACUUUGGUCACAAUGAGAGUUUCAGCACUCUGGACAGCGCUGGUCUUGCUUCUGAUUCAAGGCACCGCGAGAGCCUGCACAGUCAAGAAACUGAGCAAUAAUACCGGACGCUUUGCCAAUGCCACCUUGGUACGUCUCUCCGAAUACUUGAGUGCUGGGUACAAGAAGGGUGUGCGACCCGUGCGUAACUGGCGAAAUUGCACAAUGGUGGCCAUCGACCUUAUGGUGUACUCUAUCCUCAGUGUGGAUGAGAAGAACCAGGUUCUGACAACAUAUAUAUGGUACAGGCAGGAAUGGACAGACGAAUWCUUGGUAUGGAACCCAGAGGACUUUGAUGAUGUGAAUCAAAUGUCCAUACCGACUGCGAAUGUGUGGGUGCCUGACAUACUAAUCAACGAGUUUGUGGAUGUGGGGAAGUCUCCGGACAUUCCCUAUGUGUACGUGACCCAUUAUGGACUAGUGCGCAACUACAAGCCUAUCCAGGUGGUGACCGCCUGCACUCUCAACAUCUACAACUUCCCCUUCGACGUCCAGAACUGCAGCCUGACCUUUCAGAGCUGGCUCCAUACCCUUAAUGACAUUGAUCUCAAGCUGAUGAGGAGCGCAGAGGAACUCAAGGUGGACAAGAGUGUCUUCAUGAACCAGGGGGAGUGGGAGCUGCUACAUGUCCUGUCUAAAUACAAGCGCUUCAGUCUGGACAACAUUGACUCCUAUGCAGAGAUGAAGUUCAAUGUGGUGAUCCGACGCAGACCUCUGUUCUACACUGUGAACCUGCUGCUGCCCAGCAUCUUCCUGAUGGUGAUGGACCUGGUGGGCUUCUAUCUCCCUCCGGACAGUGGAGAGCGGGUGUCCUUCAAGAUCACCCUGCUUCUGGGCUACUCCGUCUUCCUCAUCAUCGUCUCUGACACGCUGCCCGCCACCGCCAUCGGGACGCCGCUCAUAGGUGUAUACUUUGUAGUGUGCAUGGCCCUGUUGGUGAUCAGCCUGACAGAGACAGUGUUGAUAGUGCGACUGGUGCAUAAGCAGGACCUGCAGCCCCACGUACCCCAGUGGCUCAAACACUUGGUGCUGGAGCGGGCCACAGUCCUSCUCUGCAUCCGCAACAAACACAGCCUGUGCUCCAUGCUGUCCAGGGACUCCGACCAUCUGGGCCACUACAAAGAGAACAACAUCAGCCCAGCUCGAUGCAACCACCACCACCACCUUCACCACACCUGCGAGAGCGGCCGUGGUGGCGGGGACAUCAUGGAGCGGGGUCUGGGGGGCCUGUCUGUGGUGCGUGACAACACGCCGCCCGUCAUGGACAACAUCCUGCAGGAAAUCUCAUCUAUCCGCGGCUUCCUGGAGAAGAGGGACGAGUCCCGGGACAUCGCCAAGGAGUGGCUGCAGGUGGGCUACGUGCUGGACGUGCUGCUCUUCAGGGUCUACCUGGUGGCCAUGCUGGCCUACAGCAUCACCCUGGGGACCCUCUGGUCCAUGUACCAGUACGCAUGAGCGCCUCACAGUGGAGGAGGGUCUAAUGGUGGAUGUGGAGGGCCUUAUUGUGGAGCAAGGCCUGAUGAUGUAGGUGGAGGGUCUUACUGUGGGGGAGGGCCUGACGGUGGAUGUGGGGACAUAGAGGGCUUACGCAUGCCUGAUACAAAGAGUUUUAUUGAGGUGGAUCUGUUCAGUUGAGCAUCAUGGUAGAGGUAAGGUAGGGGGCACUUUGAGUCUGAGGUCAUUCUUGGGAGUAGAGAGAUGAGUGGGAAGAUGCAGUGGAUGAUGGUAUAGGAGGAUAUAUGGAAUAUGUGGAGGAGAGGUAAUGCUAUUUGGUUGCAUUUGCUUUUAAAUGGCAUAGUUUGUAUAUUCCAAGAUCAACUUCACUCCUUCAGUUGAAUAUAGUGUUAAUAUUGUUAAUAAAUUAUAAGAAACAUAUAACGUGAUAUUAAUCAUCACAUUUCAAUUGAUAAAGUUUAUUUAUUAUUACGAAAGUCACUGAAAGUCACUGACUAUUAAAGUUAAUUUGAUUAUGUCCCUUACAUGCCAUCAAUCAGGUAUCUAGCCAUGAUGAUGACAGACUGGAUUCAAUCGGAUCAUGCUUGUAGACAAUGCAGCUUUUAAAGGCAAUGUUACCACGUUUGCGCACUUCGCGGAGAUCGCAUUCAAGGAAGAAGCUGCAGAUGUCUGUUCAAUUGGAAAUUGGGAUGGAAUCCUGGCCAAAGUUUGUUUUAAGCUUUUUCCAUUGAACUUCCUUAACACUGUCACGUUGUAUAAAUGAUUGGAGACAGGCGCAGGAAUACGUAAUAGUAGGUUUUAAUACUCCCCCCAAAUUACACAACAUGCCAUGAAAGGCAUAGGGACGAAGCCCAAAACAAACACGUAUACAAAACACACAGGGAUGUAUCCCAAACAAAAGAGCGAGGUUAAACCUCUAAUAAAUACACGGGACGAGACCCGUAAUAACAAUUGCACAAAACACGUAAGUACUCACAGGACCAAUGGACAUGGUAACAAUAACCGACAAGACAAUGGUGAACAGAGGGCACAUAUAUACAGUUACUAAU